AUGUCUGAUAAGAUUUUCUCCUUCAUCGUCGCCUACCUGGCGGCGAACAACUUUGAGGCUGAGGCUGCGCGCGUGAGCAAGGCCGUUGCCAAGGCCGGCCACACUGUUGAGCCCCUUUCCCUUGACACUAUUGGGGUCGUCACUUUGGCCAUCAGCAUCGCCCUGAAGGCCUCCUUCAGCUCUGAUUCUGACUCAGGCAGCAGCAGCAGCAGCAGCUCCGACUCCAGCAGCAGCUCCGACUCCGACUCCAGCAGCUCCGACUCCGACUCCGACUCCAGCAGCUCCGACUCCGGCUCCAGCAGUUCCGACUCCGGCUCCAGCUCCAGCUCUGACUCCGAGUCUGGCUCCAGCUCCAGCUCUGCGUCCGGGUCUGGCUCCUCCUCCAGCUCCUCCUCCAGCUCCUCCUCCAGCUCCUCCUCCAGCUCCUCCUCUAGCUCGUCUUCUAGCUCCAGCUCUUCUUCCAGCUCCAGCUCUUCUGGCGAGGAGUCCGAGGAGGAGCUCCCGUCCAUGAUCAAGAAGCGUGCUCUCCCCGUUUCUGAAGUCGAGAUGGUCUCCCGCAAGCGCGCCAAGGUCGCCAAGAUCGUUGUUGCUGUGUCUAGCUCCGACUCUAGCAGCUCCGACUCCAGCAGCUCCUCGUCCAGCUCCAGCUCCAGCUCUUCGUCCAGCUCCAGCUCCAGCUCCAGCUCUUCGUCCAGCUCCAGCUCCUCCUCUGGCUCGAGCUCCAGCUCGGGCAGCUCUAGCAGCUCCAGCUCCGAUAGCAGCUCCAGCUCGGGGUCUUCUUCGAGCUCUGACAGCAGCUCCAGCUCCGGCUCCUCUUCGAGCUCCGCCAGCGGCUCCAGCUCCGAUUCCUCCUCCAGCUCCGGCUCCUCCUCCAGCUCCGGCUCCUCCUCCAGCUCCGGCUCCUCCUCCAGCUCUGACUCCUCCUCUGACUCCGGCUCCGAGUCCGACACCCCGGCCCCCGCUCCGCUGAAGUUCAACCCGCCGAAGAAGCCCCUCCCCCCGAAGGACGGCGACAAGCCGCGCUUCUUCCAGCGUGUCGAUGCCACCAAGGUCCAGUACGCUGGUGACUCGCUGCGCGACAACUCCUACCGCUCGACCUUCGGCAGCGAUGCCUCUUCGUACGGCUUCAAGGCCAACGCCGCCCUCGAGCGCACUCGCGGCAAGGGCUUCCGCCAUGAGAAGACCAAGAAGAAGCGUGGUUCCUACCGCGGCGGCAACAUCGACAUGGGCGUCAACUCCUUCCGCUUCUCCGACAACGAGGACUAA